CCCCCGGUGUACAACCUGUUAGAUAAUAUCCAACCUGAAUGCAUGAAAUCGCGAGGCAGCAGACGCCUGCAACGUCUCUUUAGACAAACUGCAGAGCGUCGGAUGAGUGUGGAGGCUGAGAGCGAGGGAACAUACACAUCUCAUUUAGAUUAAUGAGAGGCUGUGCACUUGGCCGCCGAAUGUUAUGAUCACGCUGUUUGAGGAGUGGCUUUUCUAACCGGAUGAACAAUAUAAUUUCGCGAAGGUGGCGCGUUCAGGUCUCUUAUUAUUUCAGCCACUGUGCAAUAUUAAAAUUCCCACACAUUUAAUUCUCUAAAUACAUGGUUUGCAAAUGUAGGAAGGCGAGGACACACCCUGGAGUAAAUGGUAUGGGCCUCAAAUGGACUUCACCUACCUGAAAACAUGGGCAAAUUACACUGUGUGAAAUGCUCAUGUUUUCUGGUUAUUUUGUUGGUUAUUUUAAUUGACGGUUUGUUAGAAUUCACUUGAUCAUACAGUAAGAGGGCAAAGGCCAAGUAUUUGCUGAAGUGCAGUUUAUGUUGUGAGUGCAGAGUUGUCUGUUGAGUCUGUGCGUGCGUUUUAGUCCUUGCUUCACCUGCAGGAGGAGCUGUGGCUCGCUGCAGCCUCUCUGGAGCAGAAGAGAGAGAUCCCUCUCUUUCUCCUUCAGUGGCAUGAAUAAUAUCCCCAGUGCUGGAGAGAGAGCACAUCAAGAGGCAAACGGCAAAGGGAAAGAGAGAUAGCAGCCAGCGUGACAGAUUAGAGCGUGGCAGAACUUGUCUCCCUGACUGACUGCACCGUAGGAGAGAGAGCAAGUGCACCAGAGUGACAGGCUAUAGGCUUCUGCCUGCACACACACACACACAUACACACACACACGCACACAGACACACACACACAAAUCUACAGACCCCUCAGCUCAGCUGCACCAGAAGAAGUUCAGAGAGAAGACUGACCUCAAGAAGGUGGUUCGGGGGAAGUUUUGGAUUCACUCGACUGUUAUGGCUUUCCUCACACUGAGGCUUCUCGUCCUGUAGAGGAUUCCUGUGCGUCUCCAGUCGCGAAGCAGAAGUCGUCUCGUGCUGUCAGCCUGAGGGAGGAUGGAGAAGCUGUCAGAAAAGGACAAGGAGCUGAUACGAGGCAGCUGGGAGAGCCUGGGAAAAAACAAAGUUCCUCAUGGUGUCAUCAUGUUUUCCAGACUGUUUGAGCUGGACCCCGCGCUCCCAAGUCUUUUCCACUACAACACAAACUGUGGCUCCACACAAGACUGCCUCUCCAGCCCCGAGUUCCUGGAACAUGUCACCAAGGUGAUGCUUGUGAUCGAUGCAGCGGUCAGCCACCUGGACGACCUUCACACCUUGGAGGACUUUCUGCUCAACCUCGGCAGGAAGCACCAGGCGGUGGGAGUCAGCACACAGUCAUUUGCUGUGGUGGGUGAGUCCCUUCUCUACAUGCUGCAGUGCAGUCUGGGCCAGGGCUACACGGCGCCGCUGCGUCAAGCCUGGCUCAACAUGUAUAGCAUCGUGGUAGCAGCCAUGAGCCGAGGGUGGGCCAAGAACGGCGAGGACGAGGCCGACUGAGGCGCACAGCGGGAGCUGCCGAGCAGUUGCUCUCAAAUCACUCAACAUGGUUGCCAUGGAAUAAGGUUGUGUAACUUGCAGCAUUGUGGCUUGGGCUGCUGUACAUUUGCUCUGUGAGUGGGGUCGCGUAGUUUAGCGAAUGUAGGGUGUGGUUACACUUUCGGAGCGACCUGUAGCAGAGUUUAUUUUCUUGGCCGUGGAUGUUUAGCUGCCAGGUGAUGCUGUGGGGAUCUGAUCCAGUCCGCUCUGGUUCUCCUGAGGUUGGACCAGUAACCUUAGCUCCUCCCACUGAGAAAAAGGAUCAAACAGUUUCGUCUCUUUGUUUAUAAUGGCUUUGAUAUAUAUAUAUAUACUCAAAUGAUACCGGUGACUGUAGUGGUCUGUGUGCUGUAUCAUAAAAAGAGUUGCACAAUUGUGAAUCAGUAGAUGUUUUAUUUAGGCAUCACACACUACUCAAACUGUGAUGCUUACUGUGGCCAGCACGGCAGCUCUCUAUCUAACUGGAACACAGUGGUACUUACAAAUACACGCUCAAACCUUUGGGACAAAGCAAUGUGAUCUCACAGAAGGAAAUCCUAUCAUCACAGUCAUUACUGUGGUUUUAAUGAAUAUUGCACAUCAUGACACCUCUUUUUAUGUGUGUGACCUUGUUAUCUAACAUUUAACGUAUUGAUUAUAUAAGCAAAGCCCUCUGAGAGCUUUCCUCAGUGAUCUAUGACUGUUAAGGCGUCUGUGUGCACCUUUCUCGAUAUUUUGUGUGUGUGAUGCUCUCUCAUGCAGAGGUUGUGAAUACUACGAUAGGAUUCAGCUGACUGUUAAACUCUAACCUAUAGACUGUUAUUUGACCUUUAGAGUGUAGAUGUAGAGGGCACCGAGGAGGAUGUAUAACAUUGUUGUCCCUUGGCUUUGGGUCUCCAGGUGUUGUUCGUACAAAGUAGUUUUGUUGUACUGUAGUCAAUUAUUUCAGUGAUGAUUAUUUAACUUGUGUUGUCGUGGCUGCAAACAAAAACUGCCUCGGAUUUAGAGGGGAAGAUGAGAAGAGUUACACGUGGUUCUCCGAUACAGGAAGUGAAAUCAGGAGGGACAAUCAGUUCUGCUCCAUGAAACCAAGACAAACUUGGUUUUAUUCCUAAAUCAUUUCUAGAGCCUGACAGAUAUGGAUUUCUGUGGCCGAUGCUGAUACUGAUAUUUAUUAAAAAAAUGACUUUGGCAAUGAUUCUUACGAAAAUUUGUAUCAAACCCUUAUGACAAAAAAAUGUGACUGAGGUUUUAUAUUUUACAGGUAACCAUAAACUUUAUUAUAAAAAGCUAUAAAUAUAUUAAACAAAUACGGCCUAAUAAAUAGGACUUUAAUAAGGAAAUAAACAUAAAUUCAAAUUUGUUUAUUUUGGAUCUUCAGAUAUUGGCAAGUAAAAAUGUUGAUACCCGUAUGACUGUAGUAUUGGCCGAUAUUGGCCUUCCGAUAUAUCAAUCAGUAUUUGAUUUAUUACCCACAGGACAAAAUAAUACAGAGCCACUGUGUGCUGACUCCGUCCAAUAUGUGUGUAUUCCUAUUAUUGCUGCCAUAACACUGUAUACAUCAUCCCCAGCUGGUAUUUACAUUCAUGGUCAUAUCGCCAAGUAACUUAGCAACAGUGCGCCAAGUAUUAGAUAAUAACACCAUACAACUGUAAAUCCAAGCUGCUGAUAUGUGGUUAUUAUCGCUUUAGUCUGAGUUUACAUUUACAAAGUUUAUUUUUAUAUUCUGAAAUGUGUAUGCAGUCCAACUUUGUUGAUCUUCUUUGUUUGUUUGUUUUUUCCAAAUGUGAUGUACCAUAUAUCCUCCAGAAGUAUAACCCUGUGUUGAUUUACCUGUUCGUGAAACCAAUACAAGAAAACAUAAAGGGACAUUUGCUAUAACCAAUAUAAUAGAAAUGUUAUCACCAUCUAAAUGCGUUUUCUGUGGCCUGCAUUUUAUACCUGCAGAGUCUGUUCAGUCUGUAGCCCCAUAGUUAUACUGUUUGUUAACUGAUUGUGUAGGUGGUGUAUUUUUAUAGUGAUUCUUUUCUUAGCAUCAGUCCACAGCCCUGUGCAGGUUGUUAUUCUCCCUGACUGUUUUUUGAAGUAACCUGACGUUAGGUCUUUUUUAGCAGCCAGCCGCUAGAACGUUACAUCCAGAUCUGUGCAUAUUGGGUGUGUUACUGUCUACCUCAUUAAUAUCAGCUGCUACUGAACAGCGAUGACUUCACUUAGUUGUCCUUCAGCGGAAAAAAAUGAUUAUUAGAGUUAACACAAACUCAAUAGGAACUUAAUUGUAACCUGGAUUCCAUGCUACACUCAGAAGAAAAAACAUGUUGUGUCCUCACUUGAGACUAAAUAAAUAAAGUGAU